UUUUUAACUUGCGAUCAAUAUUUGUGUUUAAAAGGCUGCAAAAUAUCUUCUCUUGAGCUCAAGAAUUUAGUAGCCCUAAAACCCCAAUAUUUUCAUAUGGACUUUUCGUUUACUGUGAAUAGAGUUUAACCAGCAAGGAACAAGAGAAUGUAUAUAAGAAGUUUGAAGGGCGUUUGAGUGGACGAAUUUUGUCUUUCAUAGAAGUCACAGUUUCAUGCACUUUGAGCAAAUGCUGAAAUGUUGAAGAACCACAACAGCCUAUAGAUGCGUACAAAGUUAUAAGUCAUAAAACAGCAAUAAGAUGGACAAAGCAUUGUCAAAUGAGCUGAAGCUAUGGCAAUUGAACAAACAAAUUCCGAGAUUACUAAAGGGAGGGCUGAUAUUCACAAUGGAGCUUUGGACAUCCAUCCCACAAAGCCGCAAUUUGAACCAUUGACUGCGUAUGAAAGAUCUGGUGGCCGCCCCGAGUUUCGGAAAGUGUCUGUUCCACCUCACCGUUUUACACCUCUGAAGAAAAUUUGGAUGGAAAUUUACACUCCUAUCUAUGAGCAGAUGAAGAUUGACAUUCGGAUGAAUAUCAAGGCCCGUAGAGUUGAAUUAAAGACACGCCCAGACACCCCAGAAAUCAGUAACCUCCAGAAAUGUGCCGACUUUGUCCAUGCAUAUAUGCUUGGUUUUGAUGUACCUGAUGCCAUUGCACUUUUGAGGUUGGAUGACCUUUAUGUAGAAUCCUUUGAGAUCAAAGAUGUUAAAACACUCCGUGGAGAGCAUCUUUCUCGAGCAAUCGGCAGGUUAACUGGGAAAGGUGGAAAGACAAAGUUUGCAAUUGAAAAUUCAACGAGGACUAGAAUUGUUAUUGCUGAUACAAGAAUUCAUAUUUUGGGAUCUUUCUUGAAUAUCAAAGUUGCUAGAGAUGCUUUGUGCAGCCUUAUUUUAGGAUCUCCAGCAGGCAAGGUCUAUUCAAAAUUGAGAACAGUGACUGCAAGAAUGGCAGAGAAGUUCUAGUAGUCCCUGCUAUUAUCUUCUUCCUAUUUCUUCACCUAUAUACAUAAUUUUUGUUGAAGAGAUUAUGUGCACAUCUUUGGUAGUUGGAUGGUUUCACGGGUUUUAUUUUUUAUUCCAUGUAAUUAUAAUGAUCCAAUGGCAAACAAUUCAAUCUUAUUUUUUUGGAACCA